UCUUCUUGCUUACCUGAACAAACAAGGAUGAAAUUUAUUAUUUGUUGUGGCAAUUGCAACAUGAAUUCUUAUUUGAAGUACCAUUCUCUUUAACUUAGAGAUGGACCAUAAACAAACAAUCAAAUCAAUAAUGCAAUCCCAGAAUAACUUGCCUGCUAAUUUUGCUCUUAUAAUUUUAGAAAAAACAAUUAAAAAUGCAUAUCAUGAAAGAAACAAGUGGUUAAUAUUUUUAUUUGAUUAUGCCAUUUAACUUCAGUAUGAUUAUUCUUGGAAUUAUUACGUAACUAGGCCCACAUGGGCAUAGUAUCACCUUUAAACUUGAAAUUUCUAAUAAGUUGUUUCUUUAAAUUAGACAAGGGGACUUCUCUCUGACAUAUUAGUGUGUAUGACAUGUACAACUGACCAGUUUACAAAUUUGCACCUGUACUCAGGUGGGUGCUGAUUGCCUCCCUAUUACCUAUCUUUAUCUUAAGGAAUCCUAUUUUACUUUAUUUUUUUUCCCAAAAAUUCCCUGCUACUGUUGAGCACAGUAGUAUUUUCUUUUAAUAUCUUAAUCUUUGGAUUUUAUUAAUUCAAGUAUCUAGUCUUAUCCUCAAGCUAUCUUCUUGCUAGUCUUUAUUCUUUCUCUAUGGACUGCUUGGCUGACUGUGGGCUUGUCAAAUUAGGCCUAUAGCACCUGGAUUUCAACCUGUUGGUUGGUGUGGUUAAUCAUCAUAUAGCAACGAGCAGAGCGCUAAGAUAGACAGAUAGAGAGGAAGUUAGAAAUAGUGGAAGGAGGGGAAAACGAAAUUGAAGGAUAAUGAUGAAGAUUCUUCUCCUUGUUAUUAUUAUAUCGUUUUAAGAACAUAUCUUUGUUAGGAAAGGCUUUCUUCUGAUAAGUUAAUGUUGGAGGGAAUCCUAACAGUUAACAAUGAGGACAGCUGGGAGUAGAAGAGUGUGCCCAGUAAAGCUGACAUCAUUGUGGCAUGGAUGCAUUAUAAGUUGGACUGCAAACUGCAGGUUCAGUGAUUGACAAAUAAAAAGUAAGCUUAGCUGAAUGUAAUCAGGACAAUUGGAAUCAUCGAACAUAUGUAGGUCACAGUACAUUUGAAGGCCUAGUAGGACUUGGGAUGUCAGAAAAUACAGAGAUUGCAAACACUUCAAUGAAGGAAGGAGCUUCUGAGAGCGAUUGAUGUAAGGCUUGACACUCUUAAGCAAGAUCUGGCGACAGCUUGUGCUCGGGCAUUUUCUGCUGGUUUUUCCAUUGACAAUGUCUCUGAGCUUCUUCUCUUUGCAGAAUAUUUUGGUGCAAAUCGCCUAAAUGAUGCGUGCAAUAAAUUCAUCGUGCUUUGCCAAAGUCACCCUGAGCUUACGAGCCAGCAGCAGUUGCAGUCUAUGCCUUUACAUUUGAAAAGCUUUGCUGAUGUGAAUACUCGAUCAUCCUCAAGCUCAGACAUGUCAAUAGAUGAGCCAGAGUUUGAAAAUGAUGGUGCUCCUACACCACCUGAUGGUGGUGAUAUCCAGCUUCACAAGUCCAACAUAAGACAACCAUCACGGCUGAAUACAACAGAGUUAUCAGGUACAUCUCAACAGGCCAAGCCCAUCCAAUGGCGGAGGGCAGUGUCGGAGGAGCCUCUUCCUUCUGCUUCAUCAUCUAAUGAGCCAGCUCAGCUGGAUGUAGGAGGGAGUUUUAGGCGGCUUAGUGUGCAGGACCGGAUCAACCUCUUUGAGAACAAACAAAAAGAACAGUCUGCAAGUUCUAAAAAUAUCAACACUGCAGGUGUUGUUAAUAGGGUAGUAGCAGGUAGAGGGGAGCAUAGGAGGCUCCCUUCUGAUGUUUCAGAGAAAUCAGUGUUGAGAAGGUGGAGUGGUGCUAGUGACAUGAGCAUCGACAACGGCAGUAAUAGUAAUAGUGUUAAUGGCCAGAAAGAAAGUGGAGGUGCUGUUGGAACUCCUGCAACUGGCAAUUUACAGCUUCCAUCAAAAAAUAAAACUGAAGAGACUGAGACACUUGGGUUGAAGGAUACUGCAACAUCACAAUGCCGGUUGGAUCUUAAAGAAAGAACAACAGAUACUUCUUCUUCCUUACAGUCCGAGUGCAGAGGAUUUUUUGGCAGUAGAGAUUGUCUAAAGGAUGAGGAUGUCAAGUUCACUGUAACUAAAGUCGGAUCAGACUUGGAGGAGGAGCAGGGCAAGCAUCAUAUGAGUGCUUCUGUGAGCAGGGUGGAUUACUGUGGACUGGGUGAUCAAGAUGCUUCUAGGACCCACCAAAUAGGCUUUCCAGAAACUAGCAACAAUGCUGAACUGAAAGAACAUGCAGCCUGUGUUAUCCAAUCAAAGGAAGAAAAACAUGUGCAAAUGGAAGACCAAGCAGCUUCGCCAGAAAUAUCACAAGCUCUAUCAACUGCUAGUGAGAAGGUUAGUUGGACAGAUCAAGAAAUUCUGCCGCCCCCAAAAAGAGGGGUUCCUUUGCAAGCAGAUGGUAAUGGGGUGAAGGACCAAGCAAGGCUAGUUAACCGAUUUCGAAAAUUUGGGAGAAAAACAGAUGCUGAAGUGAAAGAAGUGAAAGCAAAAGAUCCAUCAGAUUCUCAGUUCAAAGUUUCAUCGGAUUUUCCUUCAGAGAGUGAUCUACAGAAUUCUCAAUCUCAGAGGAAAACUUUUCCUGUAAGAGUGGAAGAAACAGGGGGAAGAAAUGCUGGUACCUCUCGUGCAACAACAAAAGAAGAUGCCAAGUACCAGGGUUUAAAUUGGCGUCAACAACCAUCUGUUACUGAGAGAAGUGUGGAUGAAAGAAGACGUCAUGAAAUAAAUCAACCGCUUGCCUUUCCAUUAGAGAUUGCUAAGGAAAAACUGGAGGUAGUUGAACCACCUUUUGCACAAUGGAUGGAGCAGGUUCAGGUUAUGAUGCCAUUGAAAGGAAACCAAGAGUUAAAUGAUGAAUUAUGGAUGAAGGCUAAUGAGUUGGAAAAGCUUUUCGCUGCACAUAAGCUCAGAACUCUCAGUGAGCAGACAACUUCCUCUCGAAGAAGCAGACCAGUGGAUGUCCAGGAGGAUCAUGUUCCCAUGGUAAUGGAGAAAAGACACACAGUGGUCCUUCCUGAUCACUUGCCAGAGAAAACACUUAUGAGGGAGACUUCUAACAGUAAGGUAGACUUUGAUGCCAAUUUCCUGGAGAAGGUAGGCAAUAAGGAGUAUGCUAGUAGCAUAAGCCAAAAUCUUGAAACUCUCAGUCCAUCAGAUGAUUCUAGAGGAAAGUUUUAUUAUAAAUACAUGCAGAAGCGGGAUGCAAAGCUAUUAGAAGAGUGGGGAACAAAAAGCGCUCAGAAGGAAGCAAAAAUGAAGGCAAUGCGAGACAGUCUGGAACGUAGUCAGGCUGAGAUGAAUUCCAGAUACUCCAGAUCUGCUGAUAGACAGGGUUCAAAAUACACUCAUCGUCUUGCAGAAAAUCUGAGAUCUUUUAGCAAUAGCUCGACAUUACGAAGCAAAAACCAGGCUGUCGGCUCUGCUCAGGAAGAGGAGGAAGACCUGGAAGAAUUGUAUGAACAAGUUGGUCAAGGCCAAGAUGCAUCAUACAAUGGUCCAUUUGAUGAUUAUUCUUCUAGAAGUACUAACUCCAUUAAACUUCUCCCUGCAAGAACUUUGCCUUCUUCCACACUUCGGACAUCAGUAGCUUCAGCUCAAAAGCCUUCUGGAAAGUCUGCCAAAUCUGUUUCCACAAAACACAGGUCUCAAACUGAAAAUCCUCUUGCUGAAUCACUUCCCAACUUCUCUGACUUCAGAAAGGAGAAUGCAAAGCCAUCAGCAGCAGUUAAUAGGGUAAACACACGAGAGAAGGCAAAAGUCCUUUCUAGAAGCAAGAGCAUCAUUGAAGAGACUAACCUUGUUAAGGAAGCCAAGCCACGAAUGUCUCAGUCAAUGAGAAAGAGUACACCUAUUCCUGUUGAAUUCAAGGACCUUUCUCCUGUCAAUUCUGAUAGCCUUGAUCUCACAUCCUUUGGGUUUUCUAGGGCACAAACAGAUUCUGCUUUUAUCAAUAAAAUCCAGAAGAGCGGGGAGUUUAAACCAUUCUUAAGGAAAGGGAAAGGUACAGGUUCUGAUUUUGGAGCUAAUGUAGCUAAACCUAAAGCCUCUAUGAUUUCUGAGGUAAACAAGGAUGGAGAGCAUUUUGAAGGCAUAAUUCAGCAUACGGAUUCGCUUGACCUGGAUAAACAUGUAUUGGAGAGAUCGUCUGUCGAAGGAGAUCCUAAGGUUGCUGAUUUUCCUGUUGACUCAGAUAGUGAAAAGCCAAGACAGAGUGUAGAAUAUGAAAAUUCUGAUGAUUUUGUCUCAGAAAAUGGUGAUGUUCAAAGGUUCCUAUCCCAAGCAGAUUAUGAUACAGCUACUGCUUCUCCAAAGUUCGAAACUUCUGUAGGGAACGCACAAGAGUCACCAGGAGAAAGCCCUCGAUCAUGGAACUCACAACACCACGAUUCAUUUUCUUGUGUUCAUGAGGCAAUAUCUGUAGAUUCACCUGCAGGUAGUCCGGCAUCCUGGAAUUUACACCCUCUGAACCAAAUGAUAGAGGCAGAUGCUGCUCGAAUGAGGAAGAAAUGGGGAAGUGCUCAGAUGCCUAUGAUUGUUGCUAAUGCAUCCCAACAAUCACGCAAGGAUGUCACAAAAGGUUUUAAGCGAUUAUUGAAAUUUGGAAGGAAGAGUAAGGGUGUAGAGUCUCUAGUAAAUGACUGGGUGUCUGCUUCAACAGCUUCAGAAGGUGAUGAUGACACAGAAGAAGGUCGUGAUUUGGCAACACGACCAACAGAUGAUUUGAGGAAGUCGAGAAUGGGGUACUCACUUCCAAAUGAUGGGUUCAAUGAAGGAGAAAUCUUUCCUGAACAAGCUCAAUUGUUGCGCAGCACCAUUCCAAAUCCUCCUUCAAACUUCAAAUUGGGAGAGGAUCCUCUAACCGGAAGCUCCCUGAAAGCACCACGCUCUUUCUUCUCUCUGUCUUCAUUCCGGAGCAAGGAAUCCAAGCCCAGGUGACACUGGAUUACCUAGAAGCUCAAAGUAACGACACGAUAUGGCUUAGGUACAUAUUGUUACAAUUUUCCAAUAGAUGCGAUGUUGCAGCUCUAGUGUGUUGUAUGUAUCCUUCCAUCUCAGUUCUUGUUCGUGGGUUCUCGACCACAGUCAUCUGUUGUUUUGUUGUAGAUUUGGUUGAGUAGAAUUUGUUAGGCUAUUGCAUGGCCGACCGAGGUGUUCUUUUUUCAGUUGUAGCAUGUCUUUAUAUUACCAAAAUUUGUCUGAACAGGAACAAGCAAGAGUAUGGUAGUAAGCAAUCGAUUUGUACAAAUGAGAAGGCUUGCUCUUUAUCUUA